AUGCGGGCAUGUGCGCAAACCUUUAAGAAAGGACCAAAUACUAUUCGUCGAAUCGUGCUGGCAAAGCUAACAAUUACUGCUCUGCGAGCCAAUUCUACAUCGAUGAGAAGUGUGAUGGAAGCACCAAAAAAAACUGUUGAAAGUUUGAAAGUGCAAUUGCAAGGAAAAGAUGUGCAAGGAAGCAUUUCCCAGAAGGCCAGUUUAACUGUUUCGCCAUUGAUGAUAACUCAGGGUGCUAAUGAACCAGGGAGACACAAAAGUAUCUCAGUUCAAAAUGGAAAAAUGGCAGACAGAAUUGAGAGUAAUCGAUCUACUAAUGCUUUCGCAGCAAAUAAGGUUCAGUUCAGGACAACCAAGCUAGUUCUCUUGCCAUCACUACAGUCGGGAAAGCAAUCAUUUGAAGCCAAAAAUGAAAGGAAUCUGAAGUCCCCAGAUGUUCUCGAGGUUCAGCUGAAUUUUAAUAGCGUCGCGGAUGUGAACGAACAUUAUUCCUUUGUUCAGAAGAAAGAUCAGAUGAAGAAGAACGUAGGAAAUAGUAAUGAUAGUGGUAGAAAGCAAGUGAUGAAUAUGACAAUAAAGAAUUAG